AUGGUUAACCCCAUCAAAGGAAUCUCCAUUUCUUGUGAUGUUCCCAUAGCACAGUUCAUUACACAUUUGGACAAUUUGUUGCGUUCUUCGCAGAAAUUCAUAACUGAAAUACUAAAACUAGACACUUCUUGUAUGUUUGUGAAGCCACAAUCCGAGGAGAUGAUCCGCUGUGAAAUCUUCAAGUUCAGGGACCAAAUCUCUUUCGCAAAGCCGACAUCAUCUCCAUUUUUGGCUUGCUUGCUUGAUGUCUAUAUAGUUCGUUUAAAAUAG